AUGAAGAGAAGUGUGGUGCCUCGUAGCUGGCAGUUCCUGAAGGUGGAAGAGGGCCUGUACCAGCUCACCAUGGACAUAAUCAUGAUGAUUCGUGUGUGUAAGAUGUUCCGCCAAGGCCUCAGGGGCUUCCGGGAGUAUCAGAUCAUCGAGCCUGUUCACCGGAAGCAACCUGUCUUCUCCUUCUGGGAUAAAAGGAAGCAAUGCCGGAUCUCAUUUGAUACCUUGGAAUUUGCUGCAGAGGAGGGGCACUUCCCUCCAAGGGCCAUUUACAUCACCCAGAAGAAGCCAUCCUGGAGGACAGACCAGGAGAUCCAAGCGCUCUGCAAUGUUCUUCAGGUUCUAGAUUGCUACCGCAACUAUGCGGAGGCCCUGCAGCUGCUCCUGGCCAAGGUCAUGCGCUUUGAAAGGUUUGGUCGUAGGCGUGUGAUCGUCAAGAAGGGGCAGAGAGGCAAUAGCUUUUAUUUCAUCUAUCUGGGCACGGUCGCUGUGACCGAGGAUGAAGAUGGGAGCAGUGCCUUCCUGGACCCUCACCCAACGCUGCUGCACAAGGGUGGAUGUUUCGGGGAAAUGGGCCUUCUGAGUACUGCAGUAAGGAGGGCCACAGUGGUCUGCAUGGAGGAAACCGAGUUCCUGGUUGUCGACCGGGAGGAUUUCCUCGCAAAUAAGCUGGAAGAUGAAGUUCAGAAGGAAACUCACUAUCGCUACAAUUAUUUUAGGAAGUUGGAUCUGUUCCAGUCCUGGUCUGAUGAGAAACUCUGGCAGCUGGUGGCCUUGGGGAGGAUAGAGAAGUUCUCCCAUGGACAGCUGGUGUCAAAAAACUUCGUGGAUUCGUCAUUUAUCAUAUUUAUCUGCAAGGGCAGCUGUGAGAUCCUGCGGAUGAUAGACCUGGGAGCCUCCAGUACCUAUUAUAAGUGGGUCUGGCAGCAGCUGGAUCUGUUGGACCACAAACCUCUGGGAGUUCACCGCGAGAUAAUAUCUCCUAUGGAGAGAUUUAAGGAAUUCCAGAUCAAAUCAUAUCCUCUACAAGACUUCAGCUAUUUGAAACUUCGGCGUCUACAGGAAGUCAAAGGGCAAAGGGGAAAAACCUUCCACGGGAAGAUCAACUCAACAGAAAAUAGUCUCCCAAAGUUGCUGGGCCCGAAGGUCAGAUCUAAGUUUGGUCAUCCGGUCAAAUGUCCCAUGGCCAACACCAAGUUCGGUGAACUCCCCAGGGAUGCCAUAGUGGGGGUCUACAUGAAGGUGCACACUCUGAAGGAAGGCGACAUUGUGGGCACUCACCAGGCCUUUCUUCCAGAAAGUCUGCGUGACCUCCGACCUCUCAUCCUUUUGAGCAUGGGAACAGAGCUGAUACGGGUGAGAAAAGAAAAGUUCUAUGAGUUGAUUGAUGGGGAUACGAAGGAAAAGAUGAUGAAGACGGACGUGGAUUAUCCCAGUGACGAAGAGCUGUGUCAGAGAUUCCUGAAGGAAAACAACUGGAAUAUCUUCCGGAAGGAUCUGCUGCGGCUGCUGGUGAAGCCCCUCAAUGAGCAACCAUACAUCCCGAUCCAGACCAAGAAGAAAGAGAUCUAUGACCCAAGGUCUUUGAUCUUGGAUUUGUGUAACCUCAACAAGAGGGUGAAACAACACUACCCUGUUUUUAUGGUGUCCCAGAAAUAUCUGCCCCCCUUGAGGAUUGUCCAGACUAUGUCAGCACCCCGUCGUAAAAUCCAAGAACUCCUUCCGCAGUAUAAAAAUGCAGGAGUUCUUCUUUAG